AUGAACAACGUGAAAGUAAGUGACUCUGGAAUUUAUAACUUCAGAUUUAGAACAUGGAGGAAUGAAUGGAAAUCUGCUUCAUCUGGAGUUACUCUCACUGUUACAGAUCUGAAGGUUACGAUGUCAAACACGUAUAGCUGGACAACCACACUGCGCUGCAGCUCCACCUGCACGCUGCCCAACAACCCCACCUACAUCUGGUACAGGAAUGGACAGCCUGUAUAUAACAAGAAUGGACUGUCUGUGUAUGUCAUGAGUAAGAAUGCAGGCAGCUACUCCUGUGCUGUAAGAGGAUAUGAGGAGCUCCGCUCUCCUGCUGUCUGUGUUUAUGGAAAGGACAGCUGCUGGAGUGUAACUUACGUCACCCAGAGCACCUGUGCUCUGAUUGGUUCAUCAGUGGACAUACGCGGUUACUACACCUUCCCGGAUCAGCAGCCCACCCCCCAACCUGCCUGGUACGCCAGACUCCACCCACAGGUCAAAGAGCUGAGUCAUGCUGAUGACCGAGUGGAGGUUUUCAGUCACAGAGCUAAUGUGAACACACUAAGACUGAAACAUCUCACAGAGAGUGACUCAGCAGAAUAUCUCCUCCGAUUUAAAGCCCCCUACAUGAUACACACAGACAGCUCUGCUGGUGUGUCUCUCUCUGUCACAGGCCUGAAGGUGAAUGUGGACUCUCCAGCAGUCCCAGGAUCAGAGGGACAGACAGUAACACUGAGCUGCAGCUCCACCUGCACUCUGCCCUACAACCCCACCUACAUCUGGUACAAGAACAGACAGCGUGUCUCUCACUGUACAUCUGUCUCCUGCUCUGUAUCUGCAGUCAGGGAUGCAGUCAGUUAUAGCUGUGCUACUGAAGGCCAUGAGAACCUCCUCUCUCCUCCUGUCUAUGCCCCUAGAAACACCAGAGCAUUGAUGGUUUCCUCUGGAGAGAGAGUGGAGGGAGAUUCAGUGACUCUGACCUGCAGCAGUGAGGAAAACCCUCCUGUUCUCACCUACUCCUGGUUUAAGCAGAGAGCAGCUGCAGACACACUGCUGGCAACAGGCCAGAAUUACAGCAUCUCCAACAUCAGCUCCCAGCACAGUGGACUUUACUACUGCACCGCUCACAACCAGCUGGGACAGCACAACUCCACCACCACCCUUCUGGAUGUGUUAUACCCUCCCAGAGUCCCGUCUGUUACUGACCGUGUGUCUGGUGACGCGGUGACACUGCUGUGCUACAGUGACUCCAACCCCAUCAGUAAUUACUCCUGGUACAAGAAGACAGGAAGUGAUGUCAUACUGUUUGGAAAUGGCACCAAUUUAACUAUAGCUACAGGAACAAGUGGAUGUUUCUACUGUGUGGUGCAGAAUCAAUUUGGAUCAUCUAACUCAUCAGAAUGGUCAUUUACUUCAGGGAACCCAGCUGGGACAUACGCAGCUUCUGGAGUCACUGUGGGUUUGUUUCUGACUCUCAUUGCUGUCUGUCUAUGGAUGAGGGGGCGAACCACAGCUGUCAGCAGCAGGAGUGAGGAGACCAGCGCAAAACGUGAUUCUACUUCUGUAUAUGAUAACGUCUCAGCCCUGGACAUGCCCUCUGACCCCACAAAUGACGACAUUUGUGUCUACUCCAACAUUAAUUUCACACGCUCCCACUCACAGGAAGUAUCUCUCUACUCUACUGUCCAACUAACAAUGGCUCUUAGUCAAGAAGAGGAAGUAGUGUACACCAGAGUGAAUUUCUGGUAG